AUGUUGGCUACCGUCGACGAAGUCGUGAACAGUAGUGGGACAUAUGAUUAUGUUAUAUGCGGUGGUGGGACUGCAGGUCUGACGGUCGCCGCGAGGUUGACCGAGGAUCCCAGCGUGUCUGUCCUAGUCCUCGAAGCCGGCGGCGCGAACAUUGACGACUGGACCAUCUUGCGAUCUGCUUCAUGGGGCAGCCAUUUCGGAAAUCCCAAUCAAAGCUGGGCUUAUCGAACGGUAAAUCAGAAGCAUGCAGCCAAUCAGGAGCUCACUUGGGUUCGAGGGAAAGGUCUCGGGGGAUCAACCCAGAUAAAUUUUAUGUCCUGGACCAAGCCUCCGGCAAGUGAAAUAGAUGAUUUCGAGCGGCUCGGAAAUCCUGGCUGGAAUUGGAAGAAUCAUCAGAAAUAUGUUGCGCGUACCGAAGGAUUUGUGACGCCUAGCGCCGAAGUGCAAGAACGGAACCAUCUACUCAUAGACAGCCUUGAAAUUGGCACCGAUGGUCCCUUGAAGGUCGCAUAUCCGGGCACGAUAGACGAGGGCGAAUUGAGGGUCAGAGAGACCCUAAUUAAUGCCGGUUUUCCAAUUGCGCCUCUACCUCUGAACGGAGACCCAAAAGGCACAUUUUUUGCUCCAAGUAUAUAUGACCCUGCUACACACACGCGUUCAUAUGCGACUACCGCUUUCUAUCUUCCCAACAAGGACCGCAAGAACUUCGUUGUGCUCGUAGACGCCUUUGUCAACCGUGUAGUCACAGAGGAUGCUGAGGGGGGCGCAAUCACCGCAAAGGGAGUAGAGUUCGAGCAUGAAGGCGCAACAUACACUGUGAAUGCACGUAAGGAAGUUAUCCUAUGUACGGGAGCGCUGAAAUCGCCUCACAUCCUCGAGCUGUCUGGAAUAGGAAGGAAGGAUGUACUGGAGAGGAUAGGCGUACCGAUGAAAGUGGAGCUUCCGGGAGUCGGGGAGAACCUUCAGGACCAUUUCAGUGUCUCGAUGAGUUACGAACUGCGCGAGGAAGUUGACUGGGAGACCGUUGAUUUGCUGCGGGAUCCUGUACUCGAAGCUAAACACCGCGAGCUGCACGCGCAGGGCAAAGGAAUCUACACAAAGGCCCCUGUAAAUCUGUCUUUCCUGCCUCUCGAUUUGAUAACAGACAAAGCGGAUGCUUUCUACGAGACUAUCAAGAAGAAGAUCACGGAGAACGCACAUAGAUACCCGCCUGGACUGAUGGAGCAGUACGAAAUCCAGCUAGAACGCAUGCGCCAGGGCGCCCCUGGGUGUGAAUUGAUCUGUCUCCCCGUAUUCAUCUCGGUCCCAAAUCCACCUGCACCAGGGAAGCGUUAUGUGACGCUGUUCCCCUCGUUGAACCACACCUUCUCGAGAGGCUGGAUGCAUAGCAAAUCGUCUAACCCGCGAGACGACCCAGAAAUUGACCCAUGCUUCUUCGAACAAGAAAUCGAUCUCGAUAUCCAGGUGGAAUUGGUGAAAUUUGCCCGAGGGCUGGCCAAAGUUUCUCCGCUCAAGGAGAUGCUUGUCUCUGAGGUGAACCCGGGGCCAGAAAUUCAAACCGACGACCAGGUGCGGGACUACGUAAAGCAAUUUUUCUUUUCAACGUGGCAUACGACCGCCACAUGCUCCAUGCUCCCGAAGGAGAAAAAUGGCGUAGUCGACCCUAAUCUUAAGGUCUACGGCACGACGAACCUUCGCGUUGUCGACUUUUCCAUAGCGCCUCUGAUCUUCGCGGCGCAUCCAACGGCAACCGUAUUCGCGAUUGCGGAGCAAGCCGCGGACAUCAUCAAGGGGAAGUUCAGUGCUUAA